CACAAAGACAUACAAUUUUUAGAUUUUAUCAUGUGUGCUGCAUGUCAAGACUCACUUACUUAAUACUUUCUUGAUGCAGUUAUCGGGAAAUUCCUUUUAGUGACUAUCUCGCUAUGCGAUUUGUUUAAAUAUAAAAGUUUCCAGCUGCACUGAAUACUAGAUGUAAUUUGGCCAACUGUGUCUCUGCGCUUUGGUACGGGUUCAAAAGUCUUUGGGACAGACAGUUUAGGUCACUUUUGGUUGAGCUGGUGAAGCCUGUAUGUGAAAAUUUGCUGUUACGUUGGUUCCAGGAUCUCUAAAACUGCUAUGUAACAGCACAAUGGGGCACUAUGUAAUUUAAUUUUUACUUUAUUGAGGCAGUAAAGUGCAUCUAGAUGCUAGAAUUCACAGCACACCAUGAGGAAUAUUGAACACACUUUGAGAUAUAUUUUCAGUUUGUACUCGAUUCUAAUUAUGUUAUCUAUGUUGACAGAGAAAGCACUGAUUAUUACUUAUUCUGGUUUAAUUGGGGGCACUGCUCGAGUCAUGUCUCUGAGGAACAGAAAAGUGAUGUGAAAGAUGUCCUGAAGAAAAUGCAAUAGUCUGCAUUGAUUCCCAGAUAAUUACUGCUCAUGCAGUUCUGCACUGAUGAUCUGUUAACUCUGCAACCUGCUCAAAAGCUGUUUUUGCUGAAAUUCUACCAUCACACAAGUGCAGUUUUUUGGGACCUUCAUCUCUACUAUAAUGGUGCAUAAUGGCUGACUUUGCUCCUUGACUCCAGCUUUCUGAAGGCUUGAUUAUUUAAUAACAUUUAAAAACACUUAGAAAUGUCAGAGUCUCCUGAGAGAGACGCCCCACUGCUGCAGCUUCAGGAGGUCAAUUCCAGCCGAGCUGGAGGCUACACCCGAAUUAAUUCCUCCUCCUCCUCGUCCCCAACCAUGACAAUGGAGAGUCAUCCCAUCUGCAUACCUUCACCCUAUGCAGACAUUGGGCAUGAGUUCUCCACCCUGCCUUUCUAUAGCCCCACCCUGCUCAGCUACAGUGGGCCUCCAAUUCCUGAUUGCCCCUCAGUGCAUCAGUCACUCAGCCCCACCAUCUUCUGGCCCUCUCAGAGUCACAUGGCACCUCUGGCACUGCAUCGCCAACAAUCACAUUGCCAGCAAAACCAGCCGAGCAACGGCACCUGGCAGGAGCUCACAUCCCGCAAUUACACAGCUAAUGAAAACAGCAAACCUAUGGGGAAACGGUCAGUGGAUGGUGAGGAAAGCUUCAGUUGUACAGAGAGCAAAACAGACAUGCAUUAUUGUGCUGUCUGCAGUGACUACGCCUCUGGCUACCACUACGGCGUUUGGUCCUGUGAGGGGUGCAAAGCCUUCUUUAAAAGGAGCAUCCAAGGACAUAACGACUACAUCUGUCCAGCAACCAACCAAUGCACCAUUGAUAAGAACCGGCGCAAGAGCUGCCAGGCCUGUCGACUUCGCAAGUGUUAUGAAGUGGGCAUGAUGAAAUGUGGUAUGCGUCGGGAUCGUGGCAGCUAUAAUCGUGGAGGCUCACAGCAGAGGAGAGUGGCACGAUCUCCUGCCAGGGCUUUAGCCAGCAGUCAGAGACAACCAGAGCGGAAAUCAGCCCCAGUGAACAGGGUAAAGGAAGUUUUUAAUGCUGCACUGAGCCCAGAGGAACUGAUAGCUCGCAUCAUGGAAGCAGAGCCACCAGAAAUCUAUCUUAUGAACGAUAUGAAAAAGCCAUUUACUGAGGCCAAUGUCAUGAUGUCACUCACCAACUUGGCUGACAAAGAGCUUGUCCACAUGAUCAGCUGGGCCAAGAAGAUCCCAGGUUUUGUGGAGCUCAGCCUUUUCAACCAGGUGCACCUGUUGGAGUGUUGCUGGUUAGAGGUCCUGAUGUUGGGGCUGAUGUGGAGGUCUGUUAAUCAUCCUGGAAAGCUUAUCUUCUCCCCAGAUCUUAUCUUAAGCAGGGACGAGAGCAGCUGCGUGCAGGGCUUUGUGGAAAUCUUUGACAUGUUGCUGGCUGCCACGUCCCGAUUCAGAGAGCUGAAGUUACAGAGAGAGGAGUAUGUCUGUCUCAAGGCCAUGAUCCUCCUUAACUCUAACAUGUGUCUGAGUUCAGCUGAGGCAGAUGAUGAACCUCAGAGCAGGACCAAACUAAUGCAGAUGCUGGACUCUGUGACGGAUGCUCUGGUCUGGGCCAUCUCGAAGAUGGGCUUGAACUUUCAGCAGCGCUCUACACGUCUGGCUCACCUGCUCAUGCUGCUCUCACACAUACGUCAUGUCAGUAAUAAAGGUAUGGACCAUCUGCACUGCAUGAAGAUAAAGAAGGUUGUGCCUCUGUAUGACCUGCUCCUGGAGAUGCUCGAUGCCCACAUCAUGCACAGCUCACGUCUGCCCCACUCCACUGUGGCCAUUGUGCACGAGGAGCACUCUGAUGCACCAGAAACCUACAGCUCUCAGCAGUGGGCACAGUCGGUCAUGGAGGGGCCUGUGGAGCUCAGACAAAAUGCCAUGCAUCUCAAGGACAUCAAUCUGGACCUGGUGACUCAAAGAACUGGACCAAAUCCGCUGUAUGAAGCCUUAAAAUGCAUUGAUUUUUGAAAUUAAGGGUCUUACAGGUAAGCAUUCCUAGGAGUCCUACUUGUAUUUAGUUGUUUUGCAAAACUCAGUGCAUUUAUUGUGUUUUUUCUGAGCCUUUUCUUUUUAUGCAUAAACCGAGCAUAUGCUUCUUGAUACUGUUAAAGGGACAAUUUAAAAGACUUUUCCACUGUGACUUUGUUUAAAUUGCAGCUUUAAUAAAAGUGUGACAUGUGUCACUCCUGCACUGUCAAAUUUAAAAUGACAAACCCCACCCCUACGCCCCUGCCCCAAAGGAAUUACCCUCUACUCUAAACACCAUUAUGUGCCUGUACUAGUUACUGCUUCUGAGUUUUUGUGCACAUAUAUUAUGCCUUUUUUUGGUGUUGAAAAUGUAAUUAAUUGGUAAGCCAACAGGGUAACGUCUGCCAAAUACACACAAAUCGCACAAUGAGAAAUAUUGUGUUACACCAGCUGACAACAUGAAACAAAAUCAUAUACACACCGUUUAAUAUCAUAUAGGAAACAGAGAGACGCAUGACAAAUCAAAAGAAAAAAAAACUGUGGCUCUGGUGGCUUGGUUGAAAUCCACUUGGCCAUGCAGAGAAAAGGGUCACUGCAAAUAAAUACAAUGUUCUCCUGACUGACCACCUUUAUCCUAAGAUGAAACAUUCCUAUCCUGAUGUGAAGAGUUUUCUCUUCCAGCAUGAAAAUGCUUUUAUUCAAAGGACACAUGGUCUCAUUGAAUGCUUUGAUAAGGAUAAAAAUAAUGUAAAUCAUAUGUUUUGGCCUUCACAAUCACUAGAGUUUAACCCAGCAGAACAUCUGAGAGAUUUCGCACAGAUGUUAGGCUGCUCUCUGCAACACCAUCUUCAAAACAAAGGCCGAUUGAAGCUGUUGUAAUGUAGCUACUGUAGUAUUUUUAUCUUUGUUACCCAGUAUUUUAGUGAGGUAGUUGAUGUUUUUGUCAAUUGUCUGUAUGUAUCAUUAUGCAAACAAAAACAAUUUCAGGACACCUGGAUUCAUAUUUAAUAAUGAUCAACUUUCUUAGCCAAAAAGACAAGUUCAGGUAGCAAGAAAAGAGCUAACCCUGUAACCAAUGGUAUGAUGAAUAUGGCACUGCCAUAGUUUACAUAAUUACCUUUGCACUUGUAUCCGUAUAUGUAAAGCCAGAUUUGUUCUUAGCAGUUUAGCUUGUGGCUUUCCAAUACUUGAUCGCGGACAGCUCUUAGAUCCAAAGCAUCCACAUUCUACAAACCAACAUCAGUCUAGAAAAUUGGAAAAUUAUUUUGAGUGAUCCUGCUCCAUCAUUUUCUGACAUUGUGCAUCCAAACAUUGAGGUCUGUCAUGACAAUGCAAAGGAAAUGACUGCACUUAAAUAGAAUGUAGAUUUUUUUUUAUUUUUCAAGUUAAAAGCAUCCAGCAAUUUUCAAAAGGAAAACAAUGGUAAUGAAUACAGAAAGAACAAACUUUUUAUAUUCUCUAAAAAAAAAUUCUUAUAUACUAAAUUCCCGCUACAGCUUCGGUGCUUUUAUCAAUAGCAAGAACAGAUGCAGAAAUGCCUGAAAAAGUGUGACUGCUACAAAUGGCAAUUGUUAAUAGGAUUAAGUAAUGUUACUGCCGUUGCUUUAGAGGGCUGUAAAUUUCAUUAUAUGAGUCUAUAAUGACAUGCCACAAUGUUAAAUCCGCUUCAAUUUACUGCAUUAUUUUGUAGCCAAGCAGAUUUCUAUUUAACUGAACUGGAGACAUGAUUAUGUAAACUGUUACAGGUUAAGAUACCAGAUGUGUAUCCUUAUAGGACCCAAAUGAAUGAUUUUUUUUUUAUUUUCAUGAUAGUGUUUGUAAUAAUUUUUAUUGGUUUCUAUUUGUUCAAUAUUGUACUUCGGCAGUAAAUAGUGGUGUUACAAUGUUAGUAGCAUCGGUGCUGCUAUGUAUCAGUGACAAAUCUUGUUAUAAACCAUUCAUGA